GGGUUUGUCACUUGCAUUCUAAAGAAAGAGGUUAUCUGAAAUUUUAUGGAAUUACCACUUUAGCUUAUCUUGAAAUUGUUUUUGAAAUUUCAAGCAUAAAUAAUACAGAAUGUGCGAUAAAGAGUUUGAAAAGAACAGAGAUCUAAGACGCAAGAAAUUUUAUAAUACUUAUAAGGAAAGGGAGGACAAACAAUAUGGCAGCAGACGUUUGCCGAUCAUUUUGACGAAAACUGAUGCAGAUCGCGACAAGGAUGGUCGUUCUGGUAUGAAGUCAAAAAAUGUCAAUGAAAGCCAAGACAAGCCACUAUCACAGCCGACAAUCAUACUGCGCACUAGAGACGGUGACAACAGGGCAUCAUCUUCUGGUCAGAGAGUCCCUAGAACAAAGAAGGAAAAUGAGAAUCAAACUCCUCUGUAUCAUAUAGCUGCUAAAAACACCAAUACUGAGAAUGUAAACCCCUUGGCUCCUCCUCCGGAAAUGAAAUGCAGUGUGAAAUUGUUGGACGAAUUUCUACAGUUCAGUGACUCUGCUUUGAAGUAUCUGACUGAGCAAACUGAUUUUCUUGUUGUGGGUGUGCUGGGAAUGCAAGGAGUGGGAAAGUCCACUCUUGUCUCACACUUGGCCGGCAAUUCUAUCGAUCAGACGGACACAGUGUUCAAAGUGCAAACGUUCGAGCAGCAGGAGAAGGCCAGUCAUUGCACGGCUGGCGUGGACGUGUACGUGACGGCAAACCGCCUCAUCCUGCUGGACUCUCAGCCAAUGCUGUCCGGCUCACUGAUGGACGGACACGGACAGAGUCACGGACCCGGUCACGGUCAAGGACACGGACACGGACUCGUCGACUGUUCGCUGGACCUGGCGCCCGACAACCGCAACUCGGCCGAGGUCAGCUCCCUGCAGAUUGCCGCCUUCCUGCUCUCCGUCUGCCACAUUGUCAUCGUAGUGCAGGACUGGUUCUUCGACCCCAAUCUGUUGAGGUUUCUACAGUCGGCUGAAAUGUUGAAACCCCCCACACCAACUACAUCACAAGACGAAGAACUCGUCGAAUAUUUCCCUCAUGUACUAUUCCUCCACACUCAUGCCGAGGCUGCUGAUUUCUCAAAUCAAAGAUUGGAAUUGAUGCAGAAAGUCUACAACCAAACAUUCGCCAGAUCCAAACUACAGACACAAACCGGUCUGAGCAUAGCGAAUACUGGUGUUUUUGAGUCGUUAUCUUUCAACGAGGAUAACCUCAACAUUUAUCUAUUACCAGACCUGGUAGAGGAGCAGAACGGUGAUAAUCAUUUCAAAGGACAUCCUGGCUAUGUAGAAUUGAUGAGGAAGUUGCGCUUUCAAAUACAUGGUGCUACAAGAAGUCCCCUAACUCAUAACACAUUGACUGAGAAGAAUUGGCUACAUUACGCUUCCAAGAUUUGGGAAGGUGUAAAGAAGAGUACAUUUUUCUUUGAAUACAGUCGAUUAAUGCCAUGAUCAUAUUAUGAUCGUUCUAAAUUGGACUGAACUGGACCCAUGAAGGGGAUUGCUGGCUGAAUUCAAUGUAUGUUGGAAACAUGUUCAAGAAACGACAUGCAUUUCGGAUGUACGGGUGAUUUCCAACGGAUAGUUUUGUUACUCAGAGAGGAGUCAGAUUGUUCAAUGAAGAAUGUCGUGGAACAAGAUUGAGGUUCAUCAUAAUUCCAUCUAGCUAUAUUCAAUAAAAUAUACAUUGUUACAUGAUUAUUUGAACACAGAAUAAAUGUUAGGUUAAAUAAAGGUAAAUUUCAUUUUUUCUGUAUUGAUGAGAUGUAUUGAGAAGUUUGGGCACAGUUUGUCAAUUGUGUUCAAAUUACAUUCAAUGUUUAAAUUCAGAAAUAAGUUGUUAUUAUUAUUGAUAGAUUCUGAUUUCAUUGAGGUGAUUGAGGUUUAUUCAAUAUAUUAUUUAUUACACUAGAACUACGAAUAGGUCUUCUGGGCUUCAGACUGCAAAUUAAUAAAGUGAGAAUCGCUUUGAUGAUUUCCAACCUCCAAAAGAAGAAGAACAAGAAGAAGAAAACUAUUACAUCACAUGAAUAUUAACUAUAAUGGACUUAAUACUGUGAGCUUCAUAAUAUCAAGUUUAUAAGUGUAUCUUUCCAUCAGUUAGUGGUGGAGAAGGAAUUUAGUCUUAACUUCGCCAAUUAAAGCAUAUACUAUUCAAUUCAUCUCAUCAAUUGGUGUAUAUCUGAAGUGUUCACAUUUUAUUAUGAGAAUAAAUUGAUUUCAACAUACACUGAAACGUAUACAAUUGGUGUAUAUCUGAAGUGCUAACAGCUUAUUAUUGAAUAAGAAGAUUUUAACAUAGUUACAUGUAUGAAGAAAUAUUUUCAACAUAUUAGUGUAGAUGAGGCAUUUAGUCUUAACUCGGCCAAUUGAAACAUAAAUAUAAUUCAAUUCAUCUCAUCAAUUGGCGAAGUGUUAGCAUCUUAUUAUAAAUUAAAUUAUUUUACAUUGUGUAGUAAAGAAGCCUUUUAGUCUUAUUUCAGCCAAUGAAAACAUAUAAAAUUCAUAAAUUUCAUCUUAUCAAUUGGAUGUCUAGUGUGUUGAAUUUAAUUUUUAUUAUGAAAUAAAAUUAUUUCAACAAAACAAUCUUUUAUUAUUGCACUUAAGUGAAUUGAUUUUAGAUAACAUAGUGAACAGACUUGGAAGUCCUGAUAAAAUAGAAUGAAAUGGGAAGGAUGAUUCGAUCUCAAAGAGAGCUCUAGAGUGGAAGAACACGGAUGAUAACAGAAUUUCUCUCUGAAUGGAAAAGAUGCAUUAGUGAAGAAAGAACAAAGUCCAGUGGGAAUGGGCUCAGUUUGAUCGAAUUUCACCCAUAAUAUUCCUGCCUUUCAGUCUGAAAGGGCAACUACUGUCCCUUGACCUCUAACCUUUUCACCUUUAUCAUUUUUUCUCAUUUGUGUGUGGAGCUCAGUAAUAUGCUGCAUUUUCUCAAAAUUCC